AUGGGAAUACUUGUAUUGUAAAGAGAGUCAAGCUUAUUAGGGAAUGCUUUAAUUUCCUCAAAUCCAACCACAUUAUCUGAAUUAUUAGUAAAUCAGUUAAAUUAUAUCUUAUUAAAAUCUUUAACUUUAGAUACAAAUCAAAUAUUACCUAUUAGAUUAAAUAAACUAAAAUCAAAUCAUUAACCCUUUAUUUAAUUACUGAUGAUGGAAAUCGCUCAUAUUUAGUAGUAUAUACUAAUAAAAUCAUACAAGAUAAACUCUGAAAUAUAAUAGCUAAUCAUAUAUAUCUGA